AUGUACAGAGAUCCUAACGUGCCCCUCCCAUGCUGCGCCAUAUGUCUCGGACGCAACCCUCACCGCACCAUUGAGUGCGCUGCUAAGCUCACCUGGGAUGGUAAGCACAACACCAUCACCGAACGAGUCCACAAAGCACUCUGGACCAAGGAAGGGAAACAACUAUGUACUGCCUGGCAACGAGAGGAAGGCUGUGAUAGUACUAGACACGACUCCCGCCACAUAUGCUCCGGCAGCCGUGGUUGUAGUAUUUGA